AUUUUUUUGUUUAUUAUGGCAGACGAAGAAGAUCCAGGAGUAUCUGUAGAGCAAAUAGGGCUGAAUGAAAAACCUGAGUAUUAUGGACAGCAUGUGGAAUACACCUCUCUUGUAUGAAUUGAAGAAAAAGGAGGAAAAGUAAAAGGCGAAGAAAGCAAAAGCAGACUCAUGACAUAUGUAGGAAAUCCUCAAGCCUCAAUGAUGAAGUACUCGGAGUUGGCUCAUGUUGAGAGAUCCGGAGGGAUUAUUGCUAACCAAUCUCAAAGAGGCAUGCAUCACAUGUUCUGUAUUACUAUGUAUAAUGAGCCUUACAUCCAGAUAUUGCAGUCCCUUGCAGGAAUUUACAGGGCUUACUUUGAGUUAUUGGAGAUUAACAAGAACAAGUAUAAAGACAAGAUUUCUGUGUGCAUUAUUUGUGAUGGCUACCCUAUUUUUACCAAAGGGCAAGAAGGAAUGGAUAACUGGGAAAGAUAUGAGAAGGCUGGAAUGUAUGACAAUGACAUUUCUAAUAAUUAUUGGAAAAUAAAUCAAGAGAGAGAAGGAAAUAAGAAACACGACAAUUUUGAAUACUCUAAAGUACCUUCUCUAUCAAAACUUGAGAAUAACAGUGAGAGUAUUGCUGAUAUAACUUUGGAAACUAAGAAUAUCGCUCAUUGAUACUCCAAGUCAAUGAAGUUUGAAAAUUUCUUGGAUGGUCUUAGUGUCCAAGAGCAACAAGGUUUCAAGAUCGACAACCUUGCUAUUUUAGACUUCUUGUAUGGUGAUGAUGAGGAGACCAAUAUUAAGACAAGGAGAUUCUUCUCUAUGCCUAUCGAUGUACAUCUUGUUGUAAAGCACUUCAACAGAGGCAAGAUUGAGAGUCAUCUUUGGUUCUUCAAAGGCUUCUGUAACACAGUUCAGCCAACUUUGGCCACCAUUAUUGACGCUGGAACCAUUCCCCUCUGGAACAGUUUGUCCAGAAUGUCUAUUUUUAUGGAACUGAACUACAAUACUGGAGCUUGAUGUGGAGAAAUCGAAGUGAUGCUCAAUGAAAAGCACGAUGAUGGCAGAGAAGUUACUUUCUUCGAGAGCAUUCUUCUAAGAUCCCAGUACGUCGAAUACAAGCUUUCCCACUACCUUGAUAAAUCUGCUGAAUCGUUGUUCGGUUACAUCUCAGUCUUACCUGGAGCGUAUUCAAUGUUCAGAUGGCAAUGCAUCGAAGGAGUUCCUUUGAACGAAUUCUUGAAGGGGACAGUCAUUUCAGACCCAUCAAGGCCAUAUCCUUCUUGCCCUGAAGGCAAUAAAUUUCUAGCAGAAGAUAGGAUCAUGCCCUUAGAAAUAAUCUCUAAAGAAGACAAGCCGUUCAUUAUUAGAUAUGUUCCUGGCUGUAAGGCUUAUACUGACGCUCCUAGCGACUUGAAAGUGUUGAUUAAACAAAGACGGAGAUGGUUCAAUGGAAGUCUUUUUGCUACUUUAUAUGUGCUGUGCCAUCCACUUAGAAUCUGUAGAAGGAGAGGGAAAUUAAGAGCUCUAUUUUAUUGGCUGUUCUUCUUGUACAUGGCCAUUAACACUUUAGCUGGAUUGCUCAUUGUUGGUCUGUACUAUGCAGCCUACUCCAUAUUCUUGAGAUCAGUGUUUUCCGAUGCAAAAUGUCCUGACUUUACCAAAACAGCUAAUAUCUUAGAAAAUGUGUAUCUGAUUUUUGUGUUCUUGACUUUGAUCUUGAGUACUUGAGUUCGACUAGAAUGGUGAGACCAAUUCUUCAAAGCAGUUGCUGUCUUCAUGGGAAUUUUCUCAGUUUUGAUGAGCAUUGCAGUGUUUAUCUCGGUGAUCAAUCUCGAACUCAACUACAAGGUGUACAUCGCUGUUGGAGGAGUGAUAUGCACUUAUAUUUUGCCGAUGAUUUUUAAUUUUAGAAGACUGAAGUUCUUAAAUUUUAUGAAAGGGACAUUCUACAUUUUCUUUAUGACUCCCACAUACAUCAACAUUAUGACCAUUUAUGCAAUCUCGAACAUCCACGAUGUGACCUGGGGAUCGAGAGGCUCUGGAGAUGGGUCUAAGAUUGAGAGCAAAAGAGACAAAGCCCAGAGGAUUGACUAUGAGAACUUCAGGUGAAAUUGGCUGGUUGUUUGGUUGCUUGCAAAUAUUACUACUGGAUGGUGCGUUGUGUUCUUCUCGAGAGAAGACCAGACUGAAUAUUUAUUCCUAGUGAUCUUGGCUUUGGGAGGAAUUGUGGCAUUAAAAAUAAUAUUCUCAGUUUGUUAUGAAAUCAGGUUCUGGUGCAAGAACGUAAAGAUGAGGAAGAGAAUCAGGCUAGACAUGAAGGAACACGGAAUGAGGUUUAAUCCAGAUAUUGAUGGCAAUAGAGAUACUCAAGAAAUCGAGCCUACUAAUGGUCCAAGGCCUAAUGAAGGACAAAAGAAAUACACUGAAAAAUCUUUUAAAGGAAAGCCUGUGCCAGGUUAUAGCCAAAGAAGACACUCUAUCUCACAGAGUAACCAAGAUGAGUCUCCAGAUAAAGAAGCUGCCAGAAGAGAGCUAAGUAACGCCCGAGAAGUGAUUAGAUCAUUGAUAGAAGAAAGAGAAGGAAACAUUUAUGAAGAGUAUAAAGAGUUUGAUUUUGAUAAUGGAUACCAUGAACACAGAGAUAGUCUUGCAUCCAAGAUGAACUCUUCAAAAAACUCCGCCAAGGGUAUGUCCAAAGUCUCAGAGUCUUUCCAUGAUGAUUCGAUGCUCAUAGUCCCAGUUUAUAGAAAGAAGGAUUCAGGACUCGAAGAAAGGAAGAUUGACCCAAAUGAAAGAACUUAUGAGGAUCAAACUAGCAAUGCUUCUGAAGUUACUGAAACUAAUCAGAGACCAAGCUCUGAUUCGAACUCCUCAGAGUUUUCUGAGAGUGUAAGCUAUAUAGAGGACUUAUCGAGGCAGGAUAUUGGCAUCAGAGACAGUGGCGACGAGAGUAAAGAAGAUAGUAAUCCAAGAGGAACUGUCAGAAAAUAUAAAAAGAAGAGAAGAAGAUAAAAUAAUGCAACUUUAAUAGCCCUAAAAAAUUCAG